AUGUCAAAUUUUCAUUCUGCACAAGAGGUUAUUGAGGCCUUGAACCUAUCUCCACAUCCAGAAAAGGGCUACUAUAUCGAGACCUUCCGUGACGGCGACUCAUCAGACGCCCGCCCCCACAGCACCUGUAUUUACUAUCUUCUUGAGGGUGAAGCUGGCCUCUCAACAUGGCAUCGUGUUCUCGAUGCCGCUGAGACAUGGCAUUACUACGCCGGUGCCCCUAUGCAACUUCAACUAUCAUGGGAUGAUGGAAAACCCAAUCGGAACAUUACUCUAGGGAUUGAUUUUGCGAAAGGCCAGCGCCCGCAGGCUAUUGUGAAGCGUGGAGAAUGGCAGCAUGCAAGAAGCUUGGGUGAUUGGACUCUCGUGGGGUGUACGGUGGCACCAGCCUUCCUUUUCGAGUCAUUUGAGAUGGCUCAGGCGGGGUGGGAGCCCCGGCUGACUUUCUAA